AAAAAUCGAGAAGAAAUUUUCACUCGACUCUUUAUUUCAUUUUAUACAGAAUUUGUUGGAGAAUAAUAGGCAACAUAAACACCAUAAAGAGAGACAUUUAUAUUUGUAUAUGUUACAGACGAAAAAAAAUAGGGGAAGACAGGUAAACGAUAAUAAUAAUUAUGAGAUUCAGUGCCAGCUCGGGCCCCCGUUUCCACGUAUCGUACUAACCCGCAUACACUAAGUCUAUGUAAUGUGUAUAAUGAUUAUUGGAUUAAGGAUUCGAUAUACCAUAUAGAAAGACUCUCCUGUACAUAGUUAUGAUUAAAUGAGGCAUUAGGAAUUAAUACACGAUUUCAACAAUUGUGCGAUGUUUUUGCGAUAUUUGUUGCUCGUGUCCUACCUUGCAUUUCCGUUUCACUCUUACAUUUUUUAUUAAAGAAUCAUUGUUUCGAGUUAACGUCACUGAUUCUUCAUUUCUUCACUAGUUGGUGUCGAAUUGAAGACAUUUUUGUUUUAGACUGUGAUCGUCGGUGGUGCGUACGACUAUUAACAAGUGGAGAUUUUUUUAUGUAUAGUAGUUCUAUUGGAUAGAUAAUGAGAGGCUAAAUGAUUACUGAAAUUAAAAGAAAUGAGAUCACAAUAAAUCUUCAUCUUAUUCUUAUCUUGUAUGCAGAACAAAAUUAUUCAUUGCAUUGUUCGAGGAUAGAGGAGCAACCAUAUCAGCUAUUGAAAGCGGUAGAGAGUAAAUAGUGCCAAAAAACUGAACAAUUUUUUCAGAAAAAUACCCUCAACUUCCUCAUCCCUCAUUUAUGCUCCCCCCCCUGCUUUUUAUAAUUAAAUUUUUCAAUUCAGGUCGUACGUUUAAUGUUCAAACGCGAACGCGAAUUCUCUGAGCCCGCCAAAACAGGGCGCAUGACUGAAACUGUAGUCGUGGUGCGUCUCCUCUGGUGACCUAAGUUUUAUCGAUCAUCUUCACUCAUUGCUGGUGAAGAAGCAAAAGAAGACACGAUAGACUAAACGAAAAUUAUAAAAUUUCCCAAAAUGUGAAAAUCUGAUGAGAUUGAUUAAUAAAAUUUCAAAUCACUGAUUAAACAUAUAGUGAAAAUCCAAUAGUAGCAUUCUACUUCUAAAUUUCAUUCCAAUUUAUUUAAAAAAUGUUUUGAUAUUGAGUUCAGAUUUUUCGUAUCAAGAUAUCGAUAUUGAAUUAAAGGCACACCUUGUAAACCCCAAAGGGUCAUUGUCACUUGGCCCGAUCGAAUAUUGAUUUUCUCAUACGCCAGUAUUACAGCCUCAGUGUACAACCUCAUUGUCACCAAAAAUAAUUACCAGAAUGCAGAAUCACCUGAGUUCAAAAUAAAAAUAAAAAAAGUUACGUAAAAAUUUAAAAAAUCCCAUUGUUCAUUUCUCAUUCAAUUACCAAUGAAUUGUAAAGUAAAAUAGAAUCUUGAUUGCCUGAAUUGCGUUAAGAAGUAUUAUAUGAUAAGUUGCCUUGUAAAAAUGUACCGAUUUUACUAAGAAAUUAAAUGUGUUACUGAGAGAAAAAAAAGACAAGAAAAGAAGGAAAAUAUUCAAACUAAUUCCAGUAUUCGGAUCAAUUUAUUUCUCCAAUCACUGAACCCUCAUUAUAACGCUCUCGUGUACGCACAAAAUUUAUUGCAGUCAACAAUCGAUUUUGUCAAGAAUUAAAAAAAUGCAUAUAAUUCAUACGUGUGAAUCUCCACACUUGCAUGUGUCUGAAACCCAGACUUUAAUUAACAUUCAGAUAAUAAUGGAGAUGCGGUUAAUCAGAUCUCCCAUGUUCACGUGAGCCCUUAAUGAGAUUGUCGAUUUGAAUACUAGGUAAUUCCUAGGCGCAACGUACACCUCCUUUUUUCAACAUCGAUCAUACCAUUUCGUCGCGGCCCUUCGCGGCGAGCGCAUCGACACAGGAACGCUCCCGGUCUACUGAGUUUGACACAUCUCCGAACAACUAAUAUAAAUCGAAAGAUUGUACAAAUCGUGAAUAAAAUACAUUAAAAACCUCAGUCGAUGAUGCGAUGGAUAAAAACUUGUUCACUCUAAUUUUAAUUUAUCAAUCAUAAAAUAGUGAAAAAAAUUGCAUCGUGUAAAUUGGAAUAAUGAAGCUGUGCAGUGGAUGGACGUGAAUGCUUUAGUACCUGCGGGUCUUCAAGGCGGUUUGGACUUGUGUGUAGUCCCCGCGAACUACAAUAAAUUGUCCGAGAAUUUGCGAAAGAUAACGCCCAUUGGAAUUCAGUGUGCGAUAUUCUGUGGGGGAUCAAAAUGCAAGUACGAAAAUCCAAAAGUCUGGCCGCAGGUGCACAUGACGAUAAAAGAGAUUUUUUCACACUGGGUGACAGACGACGUCCUGGCGAUGGCGCGGCCCAGCACGGCUCAACUUCAGAAGAAUAAUGUUAUUGGACAGUUUCAAGAAUGGAGUAUAAAGACAGUGAUAAAUUUGCAAACACCUGGGGAACACAGUAGCUGCGGUGGGCCAUUGGAGCCCAGUGGAUUCACUUAUGAUCCUUCAGAAUUCAUGAAACAUGGAAUCUAUUAUUACAAUUUCGCAUGGAAAGAUUACGACGACGCGACGAUGAGCAAACUCCUGGAUAUGGUGAAAGUUGUGGCAUUCGCAGUGCAGGAGGGGAGAGUGGCGAUCCACUGUCAUGCAGGUCUCGGUAGGACAGGUGUUCUCACCGCUUGCUAUCUCAUCUACAGUCUGCGGGUUCGUGCCAGCGAUGCCAUUCGAUUUGUUCGCAUAAAACGUCCCGGUGCUAUUCAAACACGUGGACAAAUAAAAUGUAUCCAAGACUUCGAGCACUUUAUUCUUCCGCAAAUGAUCGUAUAUCCUGGGCGCAGCAGUGGUCUAGGUGGUAGACUGAAUAGUUUGCAGACAUACCUGAAGAAACAGGCGAAUGCCCUCCACGGCUAUGAGCAACGCACAUUCAAGCACAUACCGAAAAUAGUCUUCGUAAUUUGUGAGAGAAUUUUACAACUUUGCGACUGUCAGGAGGACAAUUCACCGGCGGAAAUUGAAUUUAGAAUUGCGGAAACUUCUUUCACGAAUAAAUUCAUAUCAAAUGCGUUAGAGCGACUCCAGGGGAAGGACAGUAAUAUUAGACAUUCACUGUCGUGGGCAGAGUGUCUUUCUGAAGCCUCAUUUUAUUCCAGCACUUCGAAGAUUGCAGAUGACAGCUUGUCCUCGCGUGACACAGCUGAGGACAUUAAAAGACUUGGUGACGUGUUCUGCGCUUCACCGGACUCACCCUCGUGUUCUACUAGUUAUCCGACUCUCGAUGACAAUUACGUGGACGAGGUACUCGGUGAUGGUAUUCGAGGGCAAGAGCUCUGCGAGAACGAUUGCUACAAGGAAAUUCAAUCUCAGAUGGACCUGAAAUUCGCCGCAGAAAAGGAGAAAUACGAAUAUGUCGAUAUUGAGGAUGUGAUAAGUGCAAUAAUUUCCGAUCACAUGGAGUUGCCUGAUGAGAAGAAAAAAUGUAUUUACAAGUACAAAGUGGAUUUAAAUAACAGAAUUUCCACCUGGCAGCGUCUAGAGUUGGAAACAGACCUCGAAGUCCUCACGGGGCUUCUAUUUGAAUGGCUGGAGACUUUGAAAAGACCUGUCCUAGAUGUCGAGAGUUUAAGUCAAAUUGUGAUACGCGGUUCAAGGCCAAAGCAGUGCCUCCCGAAGUUGGAGCCAUGGAAUCGAUACUUGCUGGAGUAUCUUCUUCGUUUUGUGUCACGGUUGAGGCCCAUGACGAUGGAGACACAGAAACUACUCAUCAAAAGAAUGGUAGCUUCAAUUACACAACAAAGAGUGCGGAUUAAGCAGCUGUUGAUGCCUACAGGGAAAAACUUCCAGAUGUUGCGAGGAGGAACAGCGGGGAAAUUGAUGGACUUUUUGAUGUCGUUUUUGAAUUUGAUAGAAGAAAUUAAUACUCAGGAGUAUACUCAUAGAUCCUGGUCAUCUUCUUCCAGGUGGUCUAUCGCUACCAGUCGACUCCAAAAUAUCAAAGAUGUUGAUAUUGACUCGCCGAGUAAAUGUGAAUAAUUGAUUGAUUGAUACUGUAUAUCAUUUUUCAAUAUUCAAAAGGAAAGUUCAAAAUAAAAAAAUAUUUUAAAAUAACAUGCU